AGGAAAUUUUCUCCUGAACAUUUUGGUUGAGGUUUCAUAUAAUCUAUCUGAUGUUUAUGAAAUCUCAAUAUUGAAACCAAAUUCAUUUUCUUUUCUUGUCUAUUGUUGUUUUUGUGCAUUUCUUUCUGAGUUUUAGGCCACAACGCUAAUUCUUUUCUCAAGAGAAUAUGCCGAUGGACGUUUCGGAGGAAAUCGUUGGAUGUGAUUCUGCUCCAACAUCGGCCCCGGGAUCACCUAAAGACAGGAUAAAAUUCUUGUGUAGCCUUGGAGGAAAGAUUAUCCCACGGCCGACUGACGGCCACCUCAAAUAUGUGGGCGGGGAGACGAGGGUUAUCUCCAUCCCACGAGACAUUAAAUUUCAAGAAUUAAUGAAGAAGCUGACGUACCAAAUGGAAGGCGAGAUGGCUCUGAAGUACCAGCUAGUGCCGGAGGAUCUAGACGCCCUAGUUUCGGUGAAAUCCGACGAAGAUCUCCGCUACAUGAUCGACGAAUGCGAACGCGUAGCCGCCGGCGGCUCCCCGAGGCUGAGAGCCUUCCUGUUCCCGGCGAAGCCGAUUUUGCUAGACUCGCUAAACCACUCCGUGGAGGCCAUAGAACAGCGCUACAUUGACGCCAUCAACGGCAUCGUUCGCGGCGGCAACGGCAACAACGUCGCCGCGGUAGGGUUAACAAAGCCUCCGGCAGCGCGUCAUAGUCUCGGCCAAAACCAAAACCAAAACCACGCGGUUUUCUCCGUUUCAUCCACCUGUUCUUCUCCGAGAUCUCCGGAUGACGACGCUGCGAGUAAUCACGAUCAUUUGAUGAUGAAUGGAGGCGGUGCGUGGAGCAGCGGCGGGAAGAAUAAUCGGAUGCAUAAGGUUCAGAGCAUGCCGAGUUUCGGAAGCUUGAAUAAUGUUCAACAACAACAGCAAAGUAGUAACGGCCAUUACAAUGCUCCGUAUGAGUUUUCGCCGUCUCAUCACGUGAAUUACAGGCAGCAGCAGCAGCGCCAUGGAUAUCAGAAUGGAAGCAGGCCGACGGCGACAUUGGAUCAUUUCAGAGGAGUGAACAGGAUGGUUUCGGGUAGGGCAAUGGGGAAUCCGGGUCCGGCUCUUCAAUAUAACAACAACAGCUAUUACGCCGCGAGGCAGAGCCGUCAACCGUUUAGUAUGAUGGGUGGUCAGUUUGAUGAUUUUUAUGAGAGAAGUGAGAAAGGCGCUAUGAGUGCUUCUCAGAGUCCUCUUCGCCUUAGCCCCCGAUAUGGUCACGCCUUCAGGCCGUGGGAUGCUCAUGUUGCACCUGUCGAGAUUCCACACUUUUGAUCCAGGCGUGUAUGUAUGUAGCCGAAAGAAGUGUAAAUUACAACCUUGGAUGUUAGAGCAGCGAACCUUCCCAGGCAACCUCUUGGAGUAUUUCUGAGGCUGGGUCUGAUGAAUUUUAGAGGCUAUUGUAUUUGUUUUGUAGUUGUACACGAAAACUGGGGCAACAAUAAAAGCAUUACUAUUAUCAGAA